GCCAGCGGGGCAUGGCGUCCAUGGCGGCGGCGAUCGCGGCCUCGCGAUCGGCCGUCAUGAGCGGGAACCGGCCUCUGGACGAUCGGGAGCGGAAGCGCUUCACCUACUUCUCGUCGCUGAGCCCCAUGGCCAGGAAGAUCAUGCAGGACAAGGAGAAGAUCCGCGAGAAGUACGGGCCUGAGUGGGCGCGGCUGCCACCCGCGCAGCAGGACGAGAUCAUCGACCGGUGCCUGGUGGGUCCGAGCGCCCCGGCGCCCCGCGACCCCGGGGACCCCGAGGAGCUCGCGCGCUUCCCCGGCCUGCGCGGGCCCACGGGCCAGAAGGUGGUGCGCUUCGGGGACGAGGACAUAACUUGGCAAGAUGAGCACUCUGCCCCCUUCUCCUGGGAAACAAGGAGUCAGAUGGAGUUCAGCAUCUCCUCCUUAUCCAUCCAGGAUCCGAGCGGCGGCCCCGCCAGCGAGCCCAGGCAGCCGUCCAAAGCUGCUCAGGGCUCGCAGGCCCUCCGGCCCACCCAGGGUGGCAAGUCCUCCAGCCUGGAUGCCCUGGGUCCCCCUCGGAAGGAAGAGGAAGCGGCCUUCUGGAAGAUCAAUGCGGAGCGCUCCCGUGGGGAGGGGCCCGAGGCCGACUUCCAGUCGCUGACUCCCAGCCAGAUCAAGUCCAUGGAGAAAGGUGAAAAGGUCCUGCCGGCCUGCUACAGGCCAGACCCUGCUCUGAAGGACAAGGAGGCCAAGGUGGAGAGGCCCGGCCACCUCCGCCAGGAGCCUCGCGUCCUUCCCAGCACCAGCGUUGAUCACGAGGGACCCCAGCCCGUCCAGGCCUGCGCCAGCACGUUGGAGGAAGUCACGCCCUCCGAGCCCACGGGCCAGCUGUCCUCUCCCAAGGCGGGCCCGGGGGGUGGGGAGGACGCGGAGGAUGAGCUGUUCUCAGAACCUGCACCUGCACAGGUCAGCUCAAGCAAUGUCAUCUUAAAGACGGGGUUUGAUUUUCUGGACAACUGGUAAAACGUGUUAGACAGAAAACCCACAGAACCAAGAGCCCCGAAAGUUUUCCAAAAUGUGGAGGAUGGAGGGGCAGCAUCUCCCUGUGUCGUGUCCUGGUUUCUGUACACAGUUUUUUAAAUCUUUUGGAAACUGGUAAAUAUUAUUACCUUGUCCAGAUUUUCCCGUUUUUGGUAAGACCAGAUAUACCUGCUAUUUUCAAUGAUUUGAUAACAGGAGUUUUACAUUUGGGAUUUUUAAACACUUAGGAAUUCAGUAAAUCUUAUAACUGAAACUUCUGUUCCAGCUGCACCAAUUCCCCCUCCUCGGAGAAAGGGUUUUUCCACCAUGUCACAAAAAUGAUGGAAGUGAUUUCCAUCUCCUCCUGUAUCCCCUCCCUGAGAGUGUGUUGGGGUUACCUUUGAUGGGCGAUGUCCUCAGCAGCAGUGACAUCAGCAGGCUGGCUGUGAUCAUGGACAGAUUUGCUCCCCACAUGUCCCCCCACCACCCUGGUUCCCAGAGUCCAGGGCCUCCUUCACUGAAGCCACACUUCUCGACUUGUGUGCCACCCUCCACCCUUGGUCAUUUCCAGGAAACAGACUGGACACACGGCAGAGGCCUCUUUAAGCUGCCGUGAUACUUAUUCAUCAUUGUUUAAGAGUUGCAUGUUUAAAAGUUUUGUAUUAACUUUUUAUUAUUUUGUAUCUAGAUUUAGCGGUUGUAGGGCUACCACUUUUCUCGGGUUUGUACCCUAUUCCUUUUGGAAGUUCUUUGUUACUUUUGUGGCCUGUGGGUGUUCCUUCCCUGUCCUGGGCAUCUGCAGGAGGAAGGGCUGAUAGAGGUGUCACUAGAGGACAGGGCUCUUCUGAUUAGCCAUGUUACAACUUCUAGUCCCAAGGACUGGUCCAACCGUCACCAUGGACCCUCCCCCAACCCUGACCACCAGCAGAAGUGGAAGACUCCAGUUUCUGCACAGACCCAGCAGCGCUCCCUGCAGACCUUUGUGGUCAUAGCAACGGUAUCUCCUGGAGUGGGACCUCGGUGCCCACCGUGCUCUGGUGGGGGUGGCUCCCAGCUCCCUGGGGGAGCAGGUGGGCAUGCCCCCAACGGGGUGGGAGGAGUGUGGGCCUCUCCCUGGGAGGUCUGUGCUCUGACCAUGGCCCCUGAGCUGCGUGAACCUGCAGGAUGUGCCCGAGCGGGAUCUACAUGGCACCUCUCACUGUGUUCUCCUCACCUGACGCCUUAAUCCCGGCGAGUCCUGCCAGCAAGCGCCUGGUCUGAAUAUCAAAGUGUGUGUUUCUAACAAUGCCUCUUUGUUUCAUAGGACAAAUCUGAAAUGAUUUCCAGGAUAUUUUAUCUGACUCCAAGGUGAAGCACAUGGCAAUGUUUUCCUGCCAAAGCUGUGGCUUAGCCAAUGUUUGGUUCACUUGCUGCCAAUUGCUUAAUGUCCUUAAACCUCAUGUGGUUCCUUGGGUACUGGAUUUGACCUUCCUCCUUUGGUGUCUGUAUUGUGGCAAAUGCGAUUUUUUCUAUGCCGUUUAAGUAUAGUUGAACCGCACGAGGGGAAAAGGUUCCGUGGGGGUGAGGGAAAGGAGCCCGGAAAUCCCAUCCGGACAGCACAGCAGGGGGCCAGCCCCUCGGGCCAGCUGCAGAGCCUCGCACCUGGCUCGCACCUGGCUCGCACCUGGCUCGCACCUGCCUCAGUGAGGGCCGUGAGCUGUCUUAGAACCCAGGCCUGAAAGCAGGUCCCGUAAAAACAAGAGGUGCAUUGGUAUUCCUUGGCGUUGGUAGCAGGGAAGAAAGAUCCAUGUCCUGGGACAGUUAGCCCAAGGUGAUCUGUCCGUUCUCCUGGGAGACGAUUCUCAUUUCUCUCCCACUUUCUCAUAAAGCCCAGUAGCUCCUUCCAGUUCUGCCGGGAAAUCCUGGAGAGUGCUGCGUUGAGUGGCUUAGCUCUGCUUCCGGAAGGAAAGGAGGGAGAGGGAGAAGUGAGGGCCUGGAGGGUGCUGGCUCGUGGUCCGCAUCCUGCCUGACCUCCGGCUCCUCCUCGUAACCACGGCAGCCUGUACAAAGGCGGCUCCUUUCCCGUCCUGGGAAUGUAGGUUCAGUGUGUCCAAAUUAGGGGAAUGAAGCUCUAAUGUCCCCCUCACCCCCACCCGUGUAUCAGGAUGGAGUCUAAAACCAGGAGAUCCUAUUUAUUAUUUUAAAAAUACACACCUUUCAGCGGAAGCCUGUAUGUUUUUGGAUUCCCACCACCCCCUGCACCCAGGAUGCAGCUCAGGAUUCAGCGUCUUACUUCGCGUGACUGUAUUUUGCAAAAAUCUCUCCCAAGAAGUCGGAAGCCAGCCCAAGCCCGAGCUCUUUCACCCGGGUGACUGCCCCCAGCCUCGGUCUGGGCGCGCUGCCCACUCGGCACAGCGGGGUCGCGGCCCCGAGCGAGUGGCUGAGCGGCCUCCCUUUCUCUGCGCCUCUUUCUUUGCUACACGUUUGCAAAACGAAAAUUCUUACUGACUACUUGUAACUCGGUUGUAUUUUAUAUUAAUAGCCUUUAA